UUCCCUUCCCUCCCGUUCCCAUCCCCGUCCCCCCCCCUUCUCUCUCUCCCCUCCUCCUCCUCCUCCUCCUCCUCCUCCUCCUCAGCCCGGCCUGGCGGUAAGAUGGCGGCGGCGGAGUGCGACGUGAUCAUGGCGGCGCCCGAGGGAGCCGGCGAGCCCGAGAGCGAGGAGGAGGAGGCGAGGAGAGAAGCAGAAUCAUUCAAGGAACAAGGAAACGCAUACUACGCCAAGAAAGAUUACAACGAAGCGUACAACUACUACACAAAAGCCAUAGAUACCUGUCCCAACAAUGCCAGUUAUUAUGGUAACAGAGCUGCCACCCUCAUGAUGUUGGGGAGAUUCCGAGAAGCACUGGGAGAUGCUCAGCAGUCUGUCAGAUUGGAUGACAGCUUUGUACGGGGCCAUCUACGGGAAGGGAAGUGCCAUCUUUCCUUAGGGAAUGCCAUGGCUGCCAGCCGCUGCUUUCAACGAGUUUUAGAACUGGAUCAUAAGAAUACUCAGGCACAGCAAGAGCUAAAGAAUGCCAGUACCGUGCUAGAAUAUGAAAAAAUAGCUGAAGUGGAUUUUGAGAAACGGGAUUUCAGAAAGGUUGUAUUUUGCAUGGAUCGUGCAUUGGAGUUUGCUCCUGCUUGUCACCGAUUCAAAAUCCUCAAGGCCGAAUGUUUAGCACUACUGGGUCGCUACCCAGAAGCACAGUCUGUAGCAAGUGACAUCUUACGAAUGGACUCUACAAAUGCAGAUGCUCUGUAUGUCCGUGGUCUCUGCCUUUAUUAUGAGGACUGUAUCGAGAAGGCAGUGCAGUUCUUUGUCCAGGCACUCAGAAUGGCUCCUGAUCAUGAGAAAGCGUGUCUUGCCUGCCGUAAUGCCAAAGCACUUAAAGCGAAGAAAGAAGACGGGAAUAAAGCAUUUAAAGAAGGAAACUACAAACUAGCAUAUGAACUGUAUACAGAAGCACUAGGAAUAGAUCCAAAUAACAUAAAAACAAAUGCCAAACUCUACUGCAACCGGGGUACAGUUAAUUCAAAGCUUAGGAAACUUGAAGAAGCAAUAGAUGACUGCACGAAUGCAGUAAAACUGGAUGACACAUAUAUCAAAGCAUACUUGAGGAGAGCACAAUGUUACAUGGACACAGAGCAAUAUGAAGAUGCUGUAAGAGACUAUGAAAAAGUAUAUCAGACAGAAAAAACAAAAGAACACAAGCAACUUCUAAAGAAUGCACAGGUGGAACUGAAAAAGAGCAAACGGAAAGACUACUAUAAAAUCCUUGGGGUUGACAAAAAUGCCUCUGAAGAUGAGAUCAAGAAGGCUUACAGGAAAAGAGCACUAAUGCAUCAUCCAGACCGACACAGUGGAGCAAGUGCAGAAGUACAGAAGGAAGAGGAGAAGAAAUUUAAGGAAGUUGGUGAAGCCUUUACCAUCCUGUCAGAUCCCAAGAAGAAGGCCCGCUAUGAUAGUGGACAAGAUCUAGAAGAGGAUGGAUUGAACAUGGGUGACUUCGAUGCAAAUAAUAUCUUUAAGGCCUUCUUCGGUGGGCCAGGUGGCUUCAGUUUUGAAGCUUCUGGGCCUGGAAAUUUCUUUUUCCAGUUUGGCUAAAAACAAACAAACACACAUACCUGAUCUGCUUAUUUUAGCCUUGAAUACGGACAUACUUUAGACUCCUUCCUUCAUCAUGUCUCAUUGUACUUAGAGCAGUUUCAUUUUUCUCGGUUGGAGACCUCUGUUUUGUGUGCUUUUGUGUGUGAAGAGGAAACCAGCUCGGGGAGGGAAAGGCUUGUGAAUUUUGUUUUACUGUUAACUUUAUUAAAAGAAAUAAAGCUUUGAAUCUUUUGGUCCCUCCA